AAGAGUUAGUACCGGGGCCAAGUUGUCCUUCUUCCCCGAUUGGUCCUGUGACACACAGGAAAAAGUUUUUUGUAGGAGUUUUGACCACAUCCAUCUACCAACAUGGCGCGGUCUUUUGUUUUGGUGGUUUUGGUGCUGUACAUGGCGACAGUUGCUAAACCAGCAAGUCUGAACAAGAUGCCGGGCUUCCCUGCCAAGGUUUCGACAGGUCUCCAUGUCCGUGACAACCGUGGUACGGAGUUUCUGGUGGUGUUCACGGAGAACAUGCUCCGUCAGCAGCACCCUCCCAAACUCUUCAUCACCGGGACAGUGCCUCAUGACACUGCCGUCACCGUGGAGGCUCCCUUCAAGUCCUUCACAAAGUCACUCACGGUCAAGGACGGACAGGUGUCGAUUGUGGAGAUCCCUCGGGACAUAGAGCUCCGUGGGACAGGCAGGGCGUCCAAGGCGAUCCGGGUGACGUCUGACGCUGAGAUAGUGGUGUACGGAGUCUUCACGGAGCAGGCUUCUUCAGACGCCUUCCUCGCAUUGCCGGUGGAUGUGCUCGGGGAAGAGUACUACACAGCCGGGUACCACCCGAGGGGCGAGCCGUCCGAGUUUGCCGUGCUCGGUGUAGAGGACGGUACGACUGUGACCAUCACUACAACCCAGAAGGUGAAGGGAAACAUCGACGGACAGAAGUUCGACCGAGGGACAACCAGGAGCUUAACUCUCAAUAGGAUGGAAGCGGUCCAGCUGCAGAGCGAUGACGACCUGACCGGGUCUCACAUCACAUCCGACAAGCCUGUGGCAGUCUUCAGUGGGAACAAGUUCACAACGGUUCCCCGGAUCAGCGGAACUGGUGACCACCUUGUUGAGCAGGUUCCUCCCGUGAACACCUGGGGCCGGCGGUUUGUAACGGUCCCGCUGGAGGGCAGGACUGGCGGGGACAUCUUCCGCAUCGUGGCCGCUAAGGAUAACACACAGGUUCGUCUCAGUAGCAGCCAAAGUCAAACCCUGCAAGCCGGGGAAUUCUGGGAGCUGGACAUCCCAUCGGACGAGUAUCACCUGAUCAACGCCUCUGAACCAAUCAUGGUGCUCCAAUUUAGCAAGACGGGACGGAACGUCGACCGUACGGACACUGACCCCUUCAUGAUGUACCUCCCUCCCAUCGAGCAAUUCGCCGCAGACUACGCGUUUGCUACGGCUGACCUCAUUUCCGGAACAACCAAGAACUACGUCAGCAUCGUGCUGAGGACGGACGAGCUGGACGGGCUGCUAUUGGACGGAGGAAAACUCCCACAAUCCACUGCGUGGCAUCCCAUCCCGGGCACAGACCUGUCAGCUACCGGACUGAUGGUUAACCCUGGGACCCAUACACUCAAACAUACCUCUCCUAUCGUCACUUUCUCAGUGUUCAUGUACGGAUUCUCGUACCCGGAGUCCUACGGCUACCCCGGCGGCCUGCGAUUGGCUAAGAUCGCAGCUCCGUGCCAGGUGACCCAGCCGACCCCUGCUGACGGCGAGGAUAACGACUGUGACGGGCGGAUAGACGAGGAGCUGCCCAACGGGGUGGACGACGAUGGGGACGGCCUGGUGGACGAGGAUCUGGCGGCGGAUCCUUGUGCCGGAGAUCCAUGCAAAAACGGCGGCCAGUGUGUUGUGGAUGGGAACCACUUCCGCUGUGACUGUCAGCCGGGCUGGGAGGGGCCCAGCUGCUUAGACGUGGCUCCCUAUGAAGAUCUCUGCCUGGGUACCACUGCUUGUGCCAGAUCAGCCGGAGCAUCAUGCCGUACCUGGGGAGACCCGCAUUACAUCUCGUUUGACGGGACGAGAACAGACUUCAUGGGGACCUGUACCUACACACUGGCGGAGAGGACGGAGGAACCAGCCUUCAGGGUGGCGGCUAAGAACGAACACAGGAACGGGCGGACCCACGUGUCGUAUGUGGGCAGAGUAACAGUGGAGGUGUAUGGACAGAAGAUCACCGUGUCCAGAAACAACAGGGUUGCGAUCAACGACGUCCCUGUUGCCCUCCCGGCAUGCCUCGGCAGCAAGGCAGGAGUGCGCAUGAGCGGAAGAGACGUCAUCAUCUACACCGACUUCUGCCUCCGGGUCACGUACGACGGCAACCACGAGGUCAACCUGGAAGUGCCAAACCACCUAAUUGGCCAGUCUCGAGGCAUGUGUGGCAACUUCAAUGGAGACCGCACGGAUGAUCGACAGCUCCCUGACGGGAGUCUCGCAACCAGCCAGGCGACGUUUGGUGACAGUUGGAAAGCGGCUGACAUCAUUGAUGCAAGCUGCCCAGCUGAGGACACUCCGGAAAUCACCUUUGACCUGUCCCAAGCCGACGCCGCCCUCGUACAGACCAUAGAAAGCACCAGCCAGUGUGGGAUGAUACUCGAUCCCAACGGACCGUUCGGGGACUGCCACGAGGUCGUUGACCCCAAGGACUACUACGACGCAUGCGUGUUCGACAUGGCCUCCCACGAAGGGACGGUUCCCGAGCUGCUUUGCGAGAGCAUCCAAGCGUACUCCGACGUAUGCGUGGAUGAGGGUGUGCCUCAGCCGAGCUGGAGGACCGAUUCAUUCUGUCCCAUGCGGUGCCCACCGAUGUCCGAGUACGCCCACUGCGUCAGCCCGUGCCCGGCCACCUGUGCGGACCUGGCGGCCGAGAAGUGCAACCCUACCGAGCGGUGUAUGGAAGGCUGCCGGUGUCUGGACGGGUUCGUCCUGAGUGGGGAGGUCUGCGUCCCUGCCGACCAGUGCGGGUGUUGGAAGGAAGGGAGGUACCACAGGCUGAACGACGAUUGGUCCGAGGGUGACCAGCUCUGCACGUGCGGCCCUAGCGGGGACAUCAGGUGUGUGCAGGCCGCCUGCCCACCCGGGUCCACGUGGAGAAUGGAGGAGGGCGUCAUGGGAUGUCAGCCCGAUGCACCACUAAUGGCCGAUGAUCCAGGAGCGAGCCAAGGAGUGACGGAAACCAACGAAUGCCUGGGAACACUUUUCUGUCCCACAGAAUCCAGUAACUGCACGGGGUGGGGAGACCCACAUUACAUCACGUUUGACGGGAGGCGCCACGACUUCCAGGGCAAGUGCAAGUACGUCCUGGUGCAACACCGCGACUUCCGCGUGGCGGCGCGCAACGCGCAGCACAACAGCAACGCCAGGGUGUCGUUCAUAGACGUGGUAGAGCUGAACCUUUACGGGCAUAAAGUGGAGAUUCUGCAGGGCCUUCUUGUCAUGGUUGACGGCGUUCUCCGGACGUUGCCGAUCUGUAUCGAAGGGAGGGUGUCCAUCCAGCUGAGUGGCAAGUACGUGGUCAUCACCACUGACAUGUGCUUCACAAUGGCUUUUGAUGGAGACAACCGUCUGGAGAUCAACCUGCCGGACAUCUAUGGGGGCGAGGUUGACGGGAUGUGCGGUGACUACAACGGAGACGGGGGCGACGACAACAAAAUGCCGGACGGAAGUGCCGCACGGAAUUCUCUGGAAUUCGGAAACAGCUGGGUCUCUCCUGACGACAUGAGCUGCCCAGCCAUCACACCAGAAGAGACGUUUGACCUGGCCCAGGCUGACCCAGCUCUAGUCCAGCAGUACGAAGACGUCCAGUUUUGUGGACAGCUGACGGAUUUGACUGGCGUCUUCCAGGAUUGCAUUAAGGCCGUUGACCCAGAAGAAUAUUUCGGCGCAUGCGUGUACGACCUCGCCGCGCACAGUGGAGACCAGACGAGCCUGUGUCAGAACCUGCAGGCCUACGCUGACGCAUGCGCAUCGGCGGGACUCGAGCCGCCAAAGUGGCGAAGACCCGACCUCUGCCCGAUGACGUGUCCACCCAACAGCCAGUACUCUUCCUGCAUGUCACCAUGCCCACGCACAUGCGUAGAACCCAACGCUCCUGACACCUGCAGGGGCGCAUGCGUAGAAGGGUGCAAGUGCGAUCUCGGCUACCUGCUGAGCGGAGACCGCUGCGUUCCCAUGAGCGACUGCGGCUGUGUCCGGGAAGGCAGUUACUAUAAGCUGGAUGAAAAGUUCGUGUUGGGUGACGAGGAGUGCACCUGUCUGGCCGGGGAUGAAGUGAUGUGUGCCAAGAUCGCGUGUCCAGAGGGACAGACAUGGCAACUGAAGAACGGCCACUGGUCCUGUCAGCCAGAUGUGGCCCUUGUGAUGGAUGACAGUCCCUCAGCCCUGCAGCCACAGUGUGACUUCUCCUGUCCACGCAGUGAGGGAACCUGUAAAGCAUGGGGAGACCCUCACUACACCACUUUUGACAACCUAAGGUUCAACUUCAUGGGUGCGUGCACCUACACACUGGCACAGUACACGCAGGGUCCGUCGGCGUUCCACAUUGCGGCUAAAAAUGAGCAUCGCGGCAACAACAACAGAGUGACGUUUGUCGAGAAAGUUUACGUUGACGUUUAUGGUCAUCGCAUCACUAUGGAGAAGGGGCACAAAAUCUAUGUGGACGGUGUGCGACGAAACGCCCCUGUGUGUCUGCCUGAGGGCAUCACCAUCAAGAAGAGCGGCAGGUGGACAGUACUGGAGACGAACUUCUGCAUGGAGGUCAAGUAUGAUGGAGACAAGAAGGUAGACGUGGGCCUCCCCAACCGCAUGAUGAAUCAGUUGAGCGGAUUGUGUGGUGACUUUAACGGUCAGAGGGACGACGAUCAAAUCAAGAAAGACGGCAGCCUGACCACCAACACAAGGGAGUUCGCCGAAAGUUGGGUCACAGAAGAUGACCCCUACUGCCUCCCAGACGAAGUUGCCGCUGAGUUUGAUUUGGCCCAAGCCGACCAGGCCCUGCUUCAGGAAGUCGAGAGCGUGACUAACUGCGGCAGACUCACCGAUACGGCCGGCAGCUUCGGGCGGUGCGCGAGGACUGUGGAGCCGACCGGCUUCUUUGACUCGUGCGUGUACGACAUGGCCGCGUUCGACGGCGAGAGGGACAUGCUGUGUCAGAGCCUGCAGGCCUACGCCGACGCAUGCGCGGAGAACGGCAUCAUGGUGGCCAACUGGAGGAACGAGUCAUUCUGUCCGUUGAUGUGCCCUGCCAACAGUCACUACACGCCGUGCUCCUCCGCCUGCCCCGCCACGUGUUCCAACACCGACGCGCCCAGGUUCUGUCCACACGCAUGCGUAGAAGGCUGUGAGUGCGACGAGGGUCACGUGCUCAGCGGACAGGACUGCGUUCCCAUGGAGCAAUGCGGCUGUACCGUGUAUGGAAACUACUACCAGCUUGGAGAGGAAUGGGGAGAGGAAGGCAACCGGCAUUGUAUCUGUGGCGAGAACAACCAGAUUCAGUGCGCUGUGGUGGAGUGUGCUCCUGGGUCCGCCUGGUACAUCAAGGACGGCAAACUGGGAUGUCAUGCACUACUGCCGGCACCCAUGACGAAGUGUCCUGACGGCUGGCUGACCCAUUCCGGCUCCUGCUACAAGUACGUGGUGGGAUCUUCUUCCUGGCACGACGCACGCCAGGAUUGUCUGCAUAGCGGAGGCGAUCUCGUCAGCAUCAACUCACAGGAGGAAUGGACUUGGGUGCUUGCCCAGAAGCCUGAUGGAAAGUACUGGAUCGGUUUCCAUGACAACAGCAAGGAGGGUUCUUUCGAAUGGAGUGACGGCAGCCCUGUUAUGGUCACAUACUGGGGCGCAGGAGAACCAAACAACAUUGGGGACGAAGACUGUAUAGAAAUCCUUGGAGACACGUGGAACGACCAAGAGUGCACAGACACCAUCAACUACAUCUGUGAGAUCACUGUUGGUGCAGAGCUUGAUGCACGUGAGUGCCCUGACGGUUACCACGAGUUCAACGGUCAGUGUUACAUGUUCUCCGCUAACAAGAUGGCGUACCACGAUGCUGAGAAGAACUGUCUGGAUCAGGGGGCCACUAUGGCUGUCAUCAAGGAUCAGUUCACCCACAACUACUUGGUGACUCACAUCAGGAACACCGUGGACGAAUCCCAUUGGUUCGGUCUGAAUGAUCGACAGGCGGAGGGGACAUGGGUGUGGACUGACGGAGGUGCAUUGGGAGACUUCAACGUGUGGCACUCGAGAGAGCCUAACAGUGCUGGUGACGAGGACUGUGCUGAACUCCGGAAGGUGUACGCUUAUGACUGGAACGACUUGAGCUGUACAGCACAACAACACUACAUCUGCCAACUCAACGCCCCCACAGCUAUUGUACACGUGCCAAGUGAUGAUGCAUCGGCCCUGAUGACCGACCCACUGGAGGUGGCCAUGCACGACCUUUGUUUAGACGAGCCGCUUUGUCCUACCGAAGGAGUUGGAGAGUGUCGAGCCUGGGGCGAUCCUCACUACAUCUCGUUUGACGGGAGAAGGACGGACUUCCAGGGCAUCUGCACCUACGUGCUGGCGGAGAGCACGGCGGGAACACACUUCCGCGUGUCGGCCAAGAACGAGCACCGCCAUAACAACAGGGUGUCGUUCGUCAGCAGGGUGGACGUGGAGGUGUACGGGCACAAGGUGUCACUGGAGAAGGGCAAGAAGGUCAAGGUUGAUGGGAUCCAGCGCACCCUCCCAGUCUGCUUGGGCCGAACCAUGGUCAAGCUGAGCGGCAACAACAUUGUCCUCUACACGGACUUCUGCCUCAAGGUCAUCUACAACGGCAACGCUCUGGUGGACGUCAAGAUCCCAUCGAUAUUCAGUGGUCAGACAAAGGGUGUUUGUGGUAACUUUAACGGCCAACAAGAUGAUGACAGGGUCUCGCCCCUGGGAAUGGCCACAACAGGAGUGGUUGAGUUUGGGGAGAGCUGGAGGACCAAUGAUGAUCCCAGCUGCCCGUUAGCCCCAGAGCUACCAGAGGACCAUAUCAACGAGAACCAGGCCCUGGUGCAGGAGGUGGAGAGUGUGACCAACUGUGGACAACUCACCGACGGUAGGGGGAUGUUUGGUGCCUGCUUCUCUGUCGUGGAUCCUUCCAACUACUUUGAUGCAUGUCGAUACGAUAUGCUGAUGUUUGACGGAAGCCAGGCCCUGAUGUGUGAGAACCUGGAGGCUUACGCUGAGGCAUGCGCACAAGCUGGCAUCCUCAUCACAGGGUGGAGGACUGAACAUAUGUGUCCUCUGAUGUGCCCACCUAACAGCCACUACAGCCCCUGUACCUCAGCCUGCCCCUCCAUGUGUACGGACCUGAACGCGCCUGCGCGGUGUAACAGCCCGUGUCUGGAGGGGUGCGAGUGUGACGAGGGUUACGUCAUGAGCGGUGACGCUUGUGUACCCAAGGAUCAGUGCGGUUGUGUCCAUAACGGAAACUAUUAUGCGCUGGCAGAAGAAUGGGGAGAAGGAGACAACAAAAUGUGCAAGUGUCACACCGGGAAUGAAGUACAGUGCAUCGAGGUGGCCUGUGCACAGAACGAGCACUGGGCAAUUGUGGACGGAGAACUGGCCUGCUACAACCUUGAACCGCUGUGUAAGAGCAGGUUCACAGGAAGCACUAAGCAGUACCGCUGGGACGUGGGCCGGCUGAACACUGACACUUUCACGUUCGAGGUCAAGGCCAGGAGCGACGCACAUCUGUCCCUCUCUCCUGCCAACAGGGAUAUGGAUGACGGUUACGAGAUUGUGCUCGGUAGCCAUGGCAACUCGAGGAACUCCAUCCGGAGGAAGGCUGACGGUGAGGAUGUCCUGGUUCUGGACGAGUGGGGUGUCGUCACCGCACGGAGGUUCCGCAAGUUCUGGGUCUCCAUCGAGAAUGGAAGGAUCGCUAUUGGAACCUACAUGGGCCCCGCCUUCAUGGAAUGGACUGACCCGAACCCCCUGUCCGCCAGGUAUGUUGGGUACACGACUGCAGAGGGCAACACUGGCGAGUGGCGCUUCUGUGACAUGGACAACAGUGCCUUCCAGGCCGGUGACGAGGUCGUGCAGGUGGUCGACCCUAUCGAGCCGAACGGAGAGAUCUUCCUCCCGCUGCCGGACGUUGUUCAGAGUGACGUCCCCCUGCUCACCCCUAACGACAUAAUGAGCGAGUCCAUGAACACCGUAUCCAUGGACCAGGCUACCUGUCACUCUGUGGGAGAUCCUCACUACAGGACCUUCGACGGAAAGUACUACAGCUUCAGUGGGAACUGCUCCUACACUCUGGUUCAGAGUCUCAAGUUGGGAGAAGAUUUCAGCGUGGCGACAGACAACAAGAUGGGAUGCGCCGCCCUUGGUAACAUGGAUGAGGCCUGCACCAGGAGUGUUACUGUGCGUGUGAACGGGAACGAACUGCGUCUGGGCCGUAACUACGCCGUGACUCUGAACGGUGCCGCCAUCACCCUGCCCUACACCGGCAACGGCUUCUACAUGGAGAAGAUCUCCAACUCACAGUUCCAGAGGAUCUUCCUGGACAAUGGUUUCACCGUUCUGUGGGACUCCCUGACCCGUGUCUACGUCUCGGCACCAGAGUCUUACAUGGCCAGGACUGCCGGACUGUGUGGUACCUACACACUCAACCAAGAGGAUGACUUCCAGGAUCCGAGUGGCCGUCUUCGGGGCUCUGUUGAGUCUUUCGUGCGACACUGGAAGACCGACCCUAACUGCGUGGACUAAUGCCUUAACCCUAAACACGACCAAACAAAAGUGCCUGACACAUUUGGAUAUCCCAUUGCUUUAGCUUUCUCUAAUACUUACCUUUAAUACAUUACUAAGUUAGCAAACAAUGUAGAUUGUUGAAGAUAUGUGCACACUAUCUUUCAGGACUAUUUCUGCACCUUUAAGCAUGCAUUCCGAUUUCUCAUACUUAUGCUGUCACAAAGAACCUUUAAAUGUUGAAAUGUAGACUUGUCUAUGGCACUUAUUGUUCAUAGUUGUUACUGCAAAUAAAUGCACGUUGUGGGUAGUAAUGUA